UCAGCACAGGUUUUCUCCUUUGUUCAGCAGUUCACCUCGCAAGAGUUAAAACCCUCCCCGUUCUCCUCCUUUUCUCCCCAGUUGUAAAAACCCUCACGCGCCGAAGCCCAGAAGAGCAAGAAGCCAUCCGUUAAAUGGCCUCCACUCGACCCGCCAUAGACAACGGCGCUGUCGCCGCUGAACCCGUCGUUCCCACCUCCACGGCCGCCGAACAAUCAGUAGUAGCUGAGGCAGCAGAAACCAAUGGCGAGGAAGCUGAAGCUGCGUCGACGGAGGCUCCCGCGGCCACUGAGACAACGGAGGCUGAUGAAAAAGAGAAGGAAUUGGCGGAGGUUAAAGCCAAAUGGCCCGGUUGGCCGGGGUACUCGGUGUUUCGGAUAGUGGUACCGGUGUUGAAAGUGGGUGGCAUAAUUGGGCGGAAGGGGGAUCUCAUUAAGAAGCUCGUUGAGGAGACACGCGCUAGGGUUCGGGUUCUUGACGGCCCCAUAACCUCUCCGGAUCGCAUUGUUUUGGUAUCUGGGAAGGAAGAACCAGGGGCAGCCUUGUCUCCAGCAAUGGAUGCUAUAAUAAGAAUCUUCAAACGUGUUAACGGGCUACCUGAGAAUGAUGGUGAUGGCAAAACUGCUGGUGCUGCAUUUUGUUCAAUUCGGUUGUUGGUGGCCUCAACUCAGGCCAUAAGUUUAAUAGGAAAACAAGGAUCCUUGAUAAAGUCUAUUCAGGAAAACACCGGUGCUUCUGUUCGGGUGCUUUCAAAUGAUGAUAUGCCAGUUUAUGCCAGUUCUGAUGAAAGGAUUGUUGAGUUACAAGGGGAAGGCCUGAAGGUUCUUAAAGCUUUGGAAGCUGUGGUGGGUCAUCUGAGAAAAUUCUUGGUGGAUCACAGUGUUCUUCCCUUAUUUGAGAAGAGUUAUAAUGCGCCAACCACUCAGGAAAGACAAGUAGACACUUGGACUGACAAGACGUUGCUGCAUGCUACUCCACAGACCUCACGAGGGGCUGAUUAUCCUGUUUCAAUAAAGAGGGAUUCACUCUUUCUUGACCGUGAAAGCCAGAUAGAAUCACAUAUUGCGUCUUCUAGACAUUCACUGUAUGUCCCAGAUCACAGUCUUGGGAGUCGUUCCUCAACAAUAGGACGUUCUGGGGGACCUGUUGUUACUCAGAUGUCACAGACUAUGCAAAUACCUCUUGCUUAUGCAGAGGAUAUUAUUGGGGUUCAAGGAGCAAAUAUUGAUUAUAUUCGACGUACUAGUGGUGCCAUUCUUACUGUGCAAGAGAGUAGAGGCCUACCAGAUGAAAUCACCGUCGAAAUUAAAGGCACCUCUUCUCAAGUUCAAGCCGCCCAGCAACUUAUUCAGGAAUUCACCAGUAGUGGUCACAGAGAGCCACUUCCAGGCAGUUAUGGGAAGCUGGAAUCCAGUCUGAGGCCUUCUUACUCUCAGUUAGGCAGCAGUUCUUACUCAUCAUCGUCGUUCUCAGGACAACCUUAUGGUGGCUACAGCUCAUCAGGCAUUGGAGGAUAUAGUAGCUUUAGGCUAUAAUUUGAUAGGCCAGAAUUUCUCUCUUAAAGUACUUGCCUAUCUCUUUUUCCAUCUCAUAUCAGAUUCUAAUCUGUAAAGCAUCGGCGAAUUGACCAUGGAGAAGCACACUUAUUUGUAGUUGUAUUUGAUCUUUGUGUUGCUGCUCUAAUGCCAUAGUUACUUAAGCUACCACAUUGUGGCUUUUUUGGGUUGGUUAAA